AUGACCGGUAGGCCAAGCGGUGCUCCUGAAUAUCAGGCACCGGAAGUCACAAGUGGUAGUCCGCAAUCCUAUUCAUCAGAUAAUGAAGUCUUAAACAAAUGUGUCAUUAAAUUACGGGAAGUAUUGGUUUCGAUGUCGUUGUCCCCCAAUUGGGAGGACAGACCCGAGUGUAAGGAUGUGUUGAAGACAUACCUCGAGUGGGCUAUUCAUGAGAAAUAUGUGGCAAAAGAUUUGAUGUCUUUAAUUCCCAUUCUCUGGCAAAAUAUGAAACGACUAAAUAAUAGCGAGUUUUUCGUUAAAUAUUUUAUCGCCAACUUUGGGGAAGAUAUUAUUAAAACUAUUAAAAUAUUUCAUGUUUUCGAUGACGAAUACGGAUGUAAUGUCUUGAUUGUGACGAACGACGACAAGCCAUUUGUUUUGGCUAUAAAUGACAAGAACUGUAUUUAUAUCUGGUCUCAACCGCUUGGACCGAGAAAAUAA